AUGGGUCCUAUCGGUCCACAGCUUCCGGGUCCCUCCCGGCCGCGCUCUCCCUCACACUCCUCUUCAAGCUCCUCGCGUUCGCCUCCUCGCCGAGCGGUAGCUGGCCCCCAACUCCCCGCCAACUUCACACGCUCGCGCUCCAACUCGGUCUCGUCCGACGACAUCGGUCCCUCCCUACCCUCGUCCUCCUCCCAGCCCGACUCGUCUGGGCUCAACGAAGGCGCCCGACUCUUUCUCGAGCGCGAGGCACGCCGGACCGCUGCGGCCGAAUCCGCACGACUGGCUGCCGAGCAAGCGGCCAACUCGCGCCCCGAGUGGAUGCUCGUGCCACCCUCGCUCUCCAACUCGUCACUGCAGGCGGUUGCAGGCGAUCCGCUCAACCUCAAAUCGCGAGGGUUCGCACAGUCCACCCCGCGCGUGUCGGCACGUGCGUCCGGGUCGGGCACCGCCGAGGUCGACAGCUCCUGGACCGAGACGCCGCAGCAACGCAUGGAGCGGAUGCGCGCCCAAGUCACCGGCUCCCACCCCGCCCCCGCCGACGCCGACGAGCUGGAACGCGAACGCACCGCACGCAGAGACGCGCAUAUCGCAGCGCAGGUGCAAGACGCACGUCAAUCCACAUCGCUCGUGCAGCAGCACAUCGAUCGGCGCAAGCGCGACAUGCAGCGCCAACUCGAGGACCCCGACGACAGUAGGAGGGAACGACGCCACCGCGACAGGGACUCGCAUCGCAGCAGCGAGUCACGCCGCGACCGCGACCGCGAUCGACACCGCCACCACCGUCGGGACCGAUCCCGAUCUCCCCGCGGUAGGGAUGAGGAGAGGAGGCACUCGCGACGUGAUGAGCGCGACGAGCGACACAAAGAACGCAAAAGCAGCCGCAGCAGCCGCAGUGGAGACAAGGAGAGGGAGGAGAAAAAGUCACGCAAGCAGCGCGAGGAGGACGACGUGCGUGCAGGCAAGGCGGCCGCACCUAUGCUAUGGGACCGCGAUGCAGCGCUCAGCAUCGGCGGCCGCCUGAUGGACGAGAAGCAGCGCGGCAAACUCAUCGCAGACGCCUCCGCCCUCGGCGACCGCUUUGGCUCCGGCUCCCGCCGCUUUCUAUAA